GACAAGUAGAAGUAAAACACGUUGCACCGCCAUCACAUCGCCCCGUCGGGACCAAACUGUCAAACCAAGCAGACAACACGCCACGCCUCGAGCCGCUAAGCACCCGCUCAGCCACAGCGACCGGCAGACUGACGCCGACUCACACCGGGCCCGCGGAGGGAGGCUAGUCGGCGCCUCGCCGGAGCUAGCCGCCGCGCGUGGCCGCAUCCUCGGCGGUCCAUGGAGGGCAGCCUAGUGUCCAUGCUCCGGUGGCCGGACCUCGGCCUGCCCAGCUUGGCCGACCUGCUCCCCUCGCCGCCCGCGCUCCUCCGGCUCCAAGGGUGGUGGCAGCAGCAGUGGCCGCGCCCCGACCAGCUCGGUGCCGCGGCGGCGGUGCCGCGUCGGUGGCCUGAGCUCGUGCGGGACAUCCCGCUCCUCGUGGACGCCGUGCUCUGGGGUGUCGUCACGGCCGUCGAGUCCGUCGCCCUGGUCUCCAUGUUAUGCUGCUACUUCCUCUUCUGCGGCUGCACGCUCUGAUGAAGACGCGAUGCGUCCAAGCUUGCUUACUGCUACUACUAGUAUGCAUGAUUUCUCCGUGCGAUUCGCUUCUUCUGCUGCGUCCUGCGUGCUUGUUGGUGGAUUAAUUAGCUCUUUUAACUAGGCUGCUGUCAUGGUAAUGGUAAUAACCAGGGUGUUUUGAGAUUGGAUUU